UACUUGGAAGAAGACUGGAAGAAGAUGAAGCAUGAACUCUCCCUCUAACUACACUCGGGGUAGUUUUCAACUUGCCGUUUGAACGAAACUUUUCUCGUGUCGCCCCGUAAGCGAAACUGACACGCGCUCGUCGUAAUCGAUGAGGUAUACGAAGAGGUGAACCACUCCAGUGCUUCCAGGGUAAAACCGAGUGAGCCAGGAGCGGUUCACUUUCGCCAUUUAUAAUACUCAUGGGGCUUGACUAUGACUCGAUCGCCACUGUUAUUGUUUCCUUGAUUAUCAUCCUUGUUAUGCCGCUGGAUGUUUACGCCGGAUGUCGCGAGGCUCAGCUGCCUCGUGAUUGCGAGGCUCUUUGCACUUCCGAUCGACACGGCGUCGAGACCUGCGAGUUGAGGGCUGCUGUUCUACUUCCUGCUGAUCCCAGAUUCGAAAUCGCCCUUCCGAGAGUCCUGCCUGUACUCGAUUUGGCAGUGUACGACGCCAGGGCUCGAGGUCUGCUUCCUUCCUGGUUGAAUCUCACCUUCCUGCCGCAGGACGAUCACUGCGAUGCAACUUACGCCCAAAUCGGAGCUUUCGACAGCUACUCGAAUUGCGUUCACCUCUUCCUCGGUCCAGCCUGCGACUACAGCGUCGCCGUCGUCGGAAGGGUGGCAAAAUUCCUCGGGGCUCCGUUGAUCACCACAGGUGGUUUCACCUUCGAUUUUACUCAACGAAAGAAGGAGUGCAGCGAUGAGUAUUACAUGACGCUGAGGACAGGAAGCCUGGCAUUCAGGGAUCUAAGCAAAUUCUUCAUCGCCAUUAUGGAUAGCUUCAAAUGGCGGAAGGUUCAUCUUUUUUACGUGACUAAUGGUCAGACGAAACUUGCUGGCAAGCACACGUGCCAAUUGAUGAUGAAAUCGAUGGUAGAGUUUGUUAAGAAGCGACAGGAUUUCACCUACGGUACUUUUGACGCCGAGACAACGUCGCCUAAGGAUUAUGCCGAGGCGCUUCGUGAUCACGUUGGAAACAGCUGGAGUGUUGUCGUCAUGUGUGCCAACGUCACGACUAUACGAGAGAUUCUGCUCGCCGCGGAGGAGCUGGGCAUGGUCGAUUCUGGAGAAUACGUAUUUUUCUCCAUCGAGUUGUCGUCCAGCGACAGCAACACCGAACCGUGGAGGGUCGAGGGUGACUCGGAUGCGAGAAACGAGAAAGCGAAGAAGGCUUAUCAGGCUCUCCUCACCGUCACGGCUCGCACUCCGGACAAUUUGGAGUACCUCAACUUUUCUAGGGAGGUGAAAUCCCUCGCCCAGACCAGGUACAACUUCACAUUCGGCAACAGUUCCGUAUCGACGUUCGUAACAGCUUUCUAUGACGCCGUUCUUCUCUACGCCCUCGCCCUCAACGAGAGCUUACCCGACAAUCCCGGGGAGGUCAAUCUCGACGGUGGUAAUCUCACACGCAGGAUGUGGAACAAGAGUUUCAAGGGAAUCACGGGGGACGUUAACAUCGACUCGAAUGGCGAUAGGAUCGCCGACUAUUCCCUAUUGGACAUGAACCCGGAGACCUUAAAGUUCGAGAUCGUCGCCAAUUACUACGGGGCAAAUCAGAGCCUCGAGUACGUUCCGGGACGACUCAUCCACUGGUCGGGAGGCAGGGAAGAACCACCGCCAGACACGCCGACGUGCGGUUUCGACGGAAGCCUCUGUCCGGAUAACUCUCUUCCGGGAUACGCGAUUCUCUCCAUAGUUCUCAGCUCUAUCGUCGUCGGACUCGUGGUCGCCUCGGUUUUCAUUUACCGACACUUCAAACUCGAGGCCGACAUCGCCUCGAUGACCUGGAGAGUUCACUGGCAGGACAUUCUGGUCAUGCCCCACGGAAAGACGAGGGGUUCGACGUAUUCGUUGCCGAACAAGCACCGUGGCAGCCAGCUGACGAUGUACUCCGAGGACAACGCAAGCAUGGCCGGAGGAGCCGACAGACAAAUCUACGUACCGACUGGAAUAUACAAGAACUCGAAAGUGGCCAUCAAACAGAUCCCCAGAAGCAAAGUCGAGAUUUCUAGACCUCUGCUUCUCGAAUUGAAAAGGAUGAAGGACUUGCAACACGACCACCUUGUCCGGUUUUACGGAGCUUGCAUGGACCCACCGCAUUGCUGUCUCCUCACCGAAUACUGUCCGAAAGGAUCUUUGCAGGAUAUUUUAGAAAACGAUCAGAUAAAGCUCGACCGGGUUUUUCGCGGUUCUCUCAUCCACGACAUCGUCAGAGGCAUGGCUUACCUCCACGCGUCCGAGCUCAAAAGCCACGGGAACCUCAAGUCCACGAACUGCGUUGUCGACUCGAGAUUCGUCUUGAAAAUCGCCGAUUUUGGCCUCCAUGAACUCCGCAGGCCGAGCCCAGCCGAUAUUGACGAGGAUCGUGACAGUUACGCUUUUUGGAGAAAGCAGCUGUGGACGGCACCGGAACUUUUGCGACUCGAACGUCGUCCACCGGAAGGAACGCAGAAGGGUGACGUCUACAGCUUCGCCAUUAUCGUUCACGAGAUCGUUGUAAGACAGGGUCCCUUCUACUUGGGUGAUGGCAAAGACACGCCUCCAAAAGAGAUCGUCGAGGGUGUACGAAGGGGUGGCGGAUCGCCCCUGCGACCGUCGAUCGACGAGGCGGCGGUGGAAGAAGAGGUUGCAACGCUGAUGCGACGCUGCUGGGCACAAGACGCUGCUGACAGGCCAGACUUUCCGGCGUUGAAGCAGACGAUUCGCAAAAUCAACAAAGAUUACGAGAGCAGCAAUAUACUGGACAAUCUACUUUCCCGGAUGGAGCAGUACGCUAAUAACUUAGAGACACUCGUCGAGGAACGGACUGCUGAUUAUUUCGAAGAGAAACGCAAGUGCGAGGAGCUGCUCUAUCAGCUACUCCCGAAAUCGGUCGCCUCCCAGCUGAUACUCGGUCAGAGUGUCAUCGCCGAGACGUACGACCAAGUGACAAUAUACUUCAGCGAUAUCGUCGGUUUUACGAGCUUGUCUGCCGAGAGCACGCCGCUGCAGGUCGUGGAUCUCCUGAACGAUCUGUACACCUGCUUCGACUCGAUCAUCGAGAACUUCGACGUCUACAAGGUGGAGACGAUCGGUGACGCGUACAUGGUGGUGUCGGGACUUCCGGUGAGAAACGGAACGAAUCACGCAAGGGAGAUUGCAAGGAUGAGUUUGGCGCUGAGGGACACCGUGAUGACGUUCAGCAUCCGGCACAGGCCAAACGAGCAGCUCAAACUGCGGAUCGGGAUGCAUUCGGGACCCUGCGUAGCCGGGGUGGUUGGACUGAAGAUGCCGAGGUACUGCUUGUUCGGAGACACGGUGAACACGGCCUCGAGAAUGGAAAGCAACGGGGAAGCUCUCAAGAUCCACGUCAGUCCCCAGACUAAAGAGAUCCUCGACACCUUCGGCACUUUCGAUUUAGAGUGCAGAGGCGAAGUCACGAUGAAGGGAAAGGGGACGAUGGUGACGUACUGGCUUCAAGGCGAGAAAUCGAAGACGACGAACAACAACAACGUCCAGUCGAGGCCGGUUUCGGUUCCGGUUCCGGUUCCGGUUCCGGUUUCAAUCGGGGCCCAGAACCAGGUGCCGGCGAUCGCGCAUCAGCACCAAAACAUCCAGAACCGCGGGGGUCCGACGCUGACCGGAAACGGGGCACCUCCGAGCCUCUCGUCGCCGUCGCCGCGGCACCGAUCCGGGGGCGGUGAGGGGGUGGCGCACCCCCAAAUCGCCACACAUCUCACCCUCGAGAGCGUUCCAAACCACUCGGAUUCCGGUCCAGGUGCCCCGCUUCUGCUCCCCACGUCGGCCGGGGCUCAUCCGAGGGUCUAAGAACCACCAUUGAGAGGGUUUCGAGGCGGCCGGAAAUAAGGAAUGGGGGUGAAUUUUUCUUCGAGG